CCUCUCACAGCACACAAAAUGCAUCAGACGCGAAGAUCCUCACUGCCUUGGACACGUUUGCGACUGAUGUUAUAAUCCAGCAUCUGAAUUUGAUGUCAGCUUGAGCUUUCCUAAUUUUGGAUUUGGACACAGCUGAAUUCUCAUACACUACACAAUGGUUCAAGGUGCUUCAGAGCUUGCCGCAGUGUGUGUCGGCCUGAUUGGGCUGAUCGGGGCGGCGGCUGCUACGGGGAUGCCCAUGUGGAAGGUGACAGCUUUCAUUGGAGCGGACAUUAUUGUGAUGGAAACCCGCUGGGAGGGCUUGUGGAUGAACUGCUACCGACAAGCCAACAUCAGGAUGCAGUGUAAGGUGUACGACUCGCUGCUGUUCCUGCCCCCAGAGUUACAGGCAGCCAGGGGUCUGAUGUGCUCUUCUGUGGCCUUGUCGGGGCUGGGGCUCCUUGUGGCUCUGGCGGGAAUGCGGUGUACUUCCUGUUUUCAGGGUAAUGAAUGGACUAAGACCAUCAUCCUGAUGGUUGCAGGUGUUAUGCAGCUGAUGGCCUGCAUUUGUGUGUUCAUCCCUGUGUCGUGGACGGGUCACGUCAUCAUUACAAAUUUUUACAAUCCUCUGCUAAUUGAUGCCCAGAAGAGGGAGCUGGGAGAGGCUCUCUACAUCGGUUGGGUGUCUGGCGCCCUCCUUUUUGCCUCAGCCAUGUUGUUUGUCUGCCGCCAUUUGCCCUCAGACAAAGGCUCAUUCGAUGUGUACCAUCCAGCCAACUUGCUCAGUUACAAGCCAGCACCCAGAAAGCCAACUCUGAUGAGGUAUAAUCCCAUCUCAAGUGUUCCAAGCCUCCAAUCAUCUGCAUAUCAGCCUUCUCUGCUGAACAAUGGCUCUGUUGGGCCACAACUUGCGAUACCACUGGAAAAUAUCCCUCAAGUAAUGACAAAUGAUGGAGCACCAAUCAACCCUCCAGUUGUCUAUAACCCAGGUCUGCCUGAAAAUGCGCCAUUGUUAUAUCAAGGUAGCCUGGCUCACCACUCCUCCAUACGGAGUUCUAACCAUGUUGGAAGCAUCUAUACUCCGGGGAACUCCUUGUACAUAACCCAAAACACCACGCCAUAUUCACUGGCCUAUACUGGCAAUCGCACUGCGUCCUACCAGUCCAGUUUUCAUCCGGUUCCACACACUCCUAUCUUCAUAGGAUAUAACGCAUCACAAAUUGAACCAGAGACUCACAGUGGGAGCAGUGGUGGUGUAUACAUAUAAAGCUAAAUCAUGAGUGAGUUUUUGUAGCUAAUAAAACUUUACAGACACUAAGCACUAUGCUUAUAUGCUUCAACUGCUGUACAUUAGUGGCAGGGUGAAGGUAAAUUAUCUCGUCUUACAUUCGGAUUAUCCAGAUGCUCAGACUAAAAACGACGUGAAACUUUUUUUCAUUAUUAUUAUUACUCUUAUCAUUUUUAUUGUGCAAAAAAAUAUGUGGAUUACGUGAUCAUGCUGAAUAUAACCAUUGCUGAUGUUAGUGUAAAUAUAGGUGGCAUUGUGCUGUUUUCAUGAAGCCCUGUAAUGGGAGAGAUUUAUGAGAGAUCAUCUAUUAUAUUUUUACAUUUGUUGUGA